AUGCAUUAUGAUGAAGAUGUUGAAAUUAUAGAUUCAGAAGAUGAAGUUGUUUCAAUAAUUUCACAAUCUCAUCUACGACGAACUCCAUCUCCUAUUGUAACUCCAAGUUCAUUAGAAUCAAUUUCAGAUCAAAAGCAAGAUAAAUAUCACUCAACUGGGGAAAUUUUAGAGAUCAAUAGUGUACCGCCGCUGCCAUACAAAGCUACAAAUUUUCAAAAUUCAAAUUCUCCAAUUAAACAUAUACUAGAUUUAACUCAAAAAGAUUGUGAAUAUGAAGAAGAUGAAGAAGAUGAUGGAGUUUUCUUUAAUUGUACUCAAAUGCAAAGUGCUCAUGAAACAGUUUUAGAAAAUGAAAAAAUUCAAAAGCAACAAGCUAAAAGUAUAAUGUCAAUUUUAUCAUUCAAAUAUAUUGAAGAAUCUAAUGAAACCUCGAUUAAGAAGAAGGCUACUGCUACUACUUCUGUCAAAAGAUCUGCUAGGAAGCAAAAAUCAAAAGUUGAUAAAACUAACAAGAGCAAGACUAAAAAUCAAUCUAUGAGUAAAAACGUUAGAGAUCGAUACAAUCAAAGUGAAUCUACAGAACCCACACCCAAAAUACAAACAGAGCAACAAUCAAGAAUUGAUGAAUUUGUUAAAAAUCCGACAACAAAUGGACUCUUAAAUGGUUCAACCAAAGAACAAUAUCGAACUGAAAGAAAAUUAAUGAAUCGACAAGAGUGGAAAGCAAUUUCAAAAAGUAUUAAAAUUAAAUUUCCAAAACCUUUAUUUCAAGAUCAAAUUGAAAUUGAUGAAAUUGAAGAUUCUACUGAUGAAUAUAAUUCAGAUGAUGAAAUUGAUAUGUGUAGAUUAUGGAAUGAAUCAAAGACAGCUAUAAAAUUGACACCUCAAGAAUUAAAAAUUUUAUAUAAUAAUGACUAA